AUGUCGUCGGGCCAGCCUUCUGCCACCAUCGUUGUCACCUCCGAGACGUCGCCGGCCUCCACAGCCGCCGCGCACGUGGCGCCGGGCGCCGAGCCGCCCCCCGUCCUCUCUCCGGCGGAAUUGUCUGCGGCCGUCCGCGACCUCACCAUGGCGAUCGCCAAUAUGCGGACGUUUCUGCAGGUAACGCACGGGCUACCGGCCGCCGUGUCCGCUCCACCACCGCCGCCGCCACCCCCGCCCGCGCCACAUGCGACGCCUCCGCCGGCCCCGGCCGCGCACCAGGGCGUCCCCAUCACCAAUAUCAAGUGGCCGGCGUCUCCGUAUGGGUGGACGCGCCGGUCUUCACACCUGCCCCUGCCCAGCCGACCGUGCCUCCACCGGCGGCGCACGCUGCGCCCUCCCCCUUCGCCCCCGCGCUACACCAAGUUGGAGUUCACCACCUAUGAUGGCGCCACUGAUCCCCUCAACUACCUCAACCAGUGCGAGCAAUUCUUUAGGGGGCAGCGGACAUUGGCGUCCGACCGCACAUGGAUCGCUUCCUACCACCUCCGCGGAGCCGCCCAGACGUGGUACUACGCCCUCGAGCAGGACGAGGGCAGGAUGCCGCCGUGGGAGCGCUUCCGCGACCUGUGCCUCCUCCGGUUCGGACCCCCGGUACGCGGGAGUCGCCUCGCCGAGCUGGGGCGCCUGCAGUUCACCUCGUCGGUGCAGGACUUUGCCGAUCGCUUCCAGUCAUUGGCAUGCCAUGCCCCCGGCGUCUCAGCUCGUCAGCGCGCCAAGCUCUUUGUGGGCGGCCAUCCCGACCACAUCCGGGUCGACACGGUCGAUGACGAGGACGGCGAGCCACUUACCCCGGAGCUUGACACCGGGGCCGUUUCCGAGCCAGGCGCCACGACCUAUGGGCCGGUCGACGCGAAGGCUUUCGUCGUCUCCCUCCACGCGUUGGCAGGCAUCAAGACGGCAAAGACCAUGCUCCUGCCGGUGACGAUCAGCGGGGAGCGCCUCACAGCGUUGGUUGACACGGGGUCGAUGCACAACUUCCUGUCCGGAGACGCCAUGCGCCGCCUCGCACUACAGCCGUCAGGAGACGAGCACUUCAGCGUCACUGUCGCCAACGGGGACCGCCUAGCCUGCCAGGGCGUGGCUCGGCAGGUGAAUGGAUCGUAG